AUGGAUGCUGAUACUAAAUAUUUCCAAACUCUUGCAUUAUUUGCUAGGACUAACAAUCAUGCAAGAAGACUACCCGCAGAACCCGCAUUUAUAGAUAAUGAGAAUUAUCUACAAAUUCCUCUCCCUUCUUCUUCUCCUACCUCAAGUGAAAACUCAAGUGAGGAUGGUCAUUCAGACAAUAACACUGUCUCGGAAUGGCAUAAGAUGAGAGACACAGAAUCAGAGUCAGAAAUGGAGCCUCAGAGAUCAGAACAAGAAGAAACUGAUGACUGGGACCUUGUUUCAGAAUGGAGUAGAUUAGCGCAAGCACAAGUGAGCUUUCAGGACCCAAGACAAGAAAGGGUUCGAAAACCAGAUAGUGAUGUACACAAGCCCGCUUUAGCACAGCAGAAGUUACAGCUAGCAGAAGAGGCAUUUCAGAGGCAAACACAAGAAUCUAAAACGCUCCGGCGGUUAAGGAGAGAAAACGAAAUGCUUCGGAAAGCACUUGUGAUUACUUGUGGCAUCAUUUGCUUGGGUGUUUUGCUUUUUCUUUUUUAA